UCUUUUUAUAAAGUGAUUCUUCGGGAUAUUUUUUCAUUGGCGUAAGAUGUAAUCACUCCUUAUGCCUGCAGCAGAAAAUGUGCUGAACUAGUUGUAAUGCUCCUAUUUUUUCCUCCCUGCCUUUGCGCGAUGUCGCUGCAUCACUAGACGCACGACUUUCUAAAUGAUGUGGAAGACUUCGCGAUCCGGCACUCCGAACAAGCGCGACUCCAUCAAGGAUGACCCGAAAGAUUCCUCGGGUGGGCCAGCACAGCCGCUGGUUAAGAUCGGCCAUUACAUACUCGGCGAGACAUUGGGGACGGGUACAUUCGGAAAAGUUAAAGUGGCCCGGCAUCAAGUCACGGGGCAUAAGGUGGCGGUGAAGAUUCUGAAUCGGCAGAAGAUUAAAAGCUUGGAUGUUGUUGGCAAAAUUCGUCGUGAGAUUCAGAAUCUGAAGCUGUUUCGACAUCCUCAUAUUAUCAAACUGUACCAAGUGAUAAGUACGCCGACUGAUAUUUUUAUGAUUAUGGAGUAUGUGUCGGGUGGAGAAUUGUUCGAUUACAUCGUUAAACACGGAAGGCUGAAGGAAAAUGAAGCACGCCGAUUCUUCCAACAGAUCAUCAGUGGUGUUGCCUACUGUCACCGCCACAUGGUCGUUCAUCGUGAUCUUAAACCGGAGAACCUCCUCCUCGAUUCCAAACUCAAUGUGAAAAUUGCUGAUUUUGGUCUUUCUAACAUGAUGAUGGAUGGCGAAUUUCUACGAACCAGUUGUGGGUCACCAAAUUAUGCCGCCCCGGAAGUCAUAUCUGGAAAGCUCUAUGCUGGUCCGGAAGUUGACAUCUGGAGUUGUGGAGUAAUACUUUACGCUUUAUUAGUCGGAGCGCUUCCCUUCGACGAUGAGCAUGUCCCGACUCUAUUUAGAAAGAUUAAAUCCGGAGUUUUCCCAAUUCCCGGCAGUUUGAGUCAGUCGGUUGUGAGUUUAUUGUGCCAUAUGUUACAAGUGGACCCUAUUAAACGCGCGACAGUUCAGGACAUUCGGAAUCAUGAAUGGUUUCAAAAAGAUUUACCGUGUACAUUAUUCCCGGACGAUGAUGACGCUAGUGCAGCGAUUGUGGAUAUCGAUGCUGUGCGGGAAGUUUGCGAGAAAUUUGGCGUCGAAGACCAAGAUGUUCAUGCAGCUUUGCUCAGCAGUGAUCCGUAUGAUCAACUAUCCAUUGCGUACCAUCUGAUUGUGGAUAACAAGCGAUUUGGAGCAGAAGAGGCGACGGAGCGGUUGAAUAUUAAGGAUUUGGUUAUCUGUUCGCCACCUGGUGGAAAUUCCACCACAUCGACCACUUCCGGUGCGGCUAAAUCCCCUACACCCCUGACUCCAGUGAUGAAGACAGCUUCCGAGAAACCGCAUAUUGAACGAAUACCAAGUCUGGCUGUACAAAAAUUGGAUCCCCUCGGCAGUGACAAGCCGGUGUCUUCCAAACAGGUUCCUGCUAAACGUGCGAAAUGGCAUUUAGGGAUUCGAUCGCAGAGCCGGCCCCAGGACAUCAUGACAGAAGUGUAUAAAGCCAUGAAAAAUUUGGGCUACGAAUGGAAGAUCUUAAAUCCUUACAACGUUCGAGUGCGGCGAAAAAAUGUGAUUAAUAGCCAUUAUAUAAAAAUGAGUCUGCAGCUAUACCAAGUUGACCAUAAGAGUUAUUUGCUUGACUUUAAAAGCCUUUCGGAAGAGGCUACAAAUCCUGUGGUGGAAGAACGGAGGGAAAGGCUACUAGCGGGACGGGACAAACGGUUCAGUUUUUCGUCGGGCUCAUCCUCACCCGUGCCCCCGACUAACCCGGAAGUGUGGAGGUAUCCUGGCACCAACAUCACUGGUCGGCGAAACAGUGUAUCGGUUACGGAGCUUCCUCCCACUACAUUUCGCAGCAAAGUCACCCAACACCAAACCAUGGAAUUUUUUGAAAUGUGUGCUAACCUUAUUGCGGCGUUGGCGCGGUAAUUUUUUCUUUGGGAAACUGUCCGAGCUACUGUGUAGCAAAACCAUGGAAUGCUAAGGAUGGCUAAAUUGAUCGCUGCAGAGAAAUUCGGCGAUCACGUUAGCAUUGUAUGGAUUAAGUCUGUACAUGCGAAAGUGAACUGCACUGCCAGCUGUCACUAAAGAUUUGAUAACGAUUUUGUUUUGGCGAUUAUAUUGUCUUUACCAUGUUGGUUUUUGCAGAUUAUUGGUUAAUCUUUGUUUGUAAUGUUGGUCGUGUACAUAGCACAAAAAGUUAUCCCGAUGUUUAUUCAAAUAAAUUUGUAGAUGCAA